UUCCACAUCAAAGCAUUUUGAGGUUUCUUGGUUUAGUACUGUUCUUCUGCAAGCCCUCAGAUUUCAGAACACAAUAAAAGCUUUGGUGCAGAAAACUACACAACAAUCCUAGCGGCCAAUUCAAGAUCUUUUUUUCUCCAUAUUACUGGAUAGAAAAAAAAAAAAUGAAGAUUGCUGGGAUUUCAGUUGUGGCUGCAGCAAUCUUGAGCAGCUUGAAUUCUUCCCAAGCUGCUGGAGGUGAACUUACACAGCACAUAGCUUCUGAGCAUGAGUGGAUCACUACGCCGGGAUUGGUGCAACAACAAAUUCAGAGAGGUGAAUGGGGCGAGAAAAACCAUUUACCCAAUGGGCUGAAGGUCUCCAACGGCAGCUAUCCAGAUAAAAUUUCCAUCACCAACCAAGGGCAAACCCUCUUAGAAUACUUGUUGAUAGAUUUGACCGGAUCACGGUUCUUACUUCGUAAAAUUGAGCCAAACCACCAAGACAUAGUUCCAGAACGUGAUGCCGACGUCUGGGCUAGACACUUUGAUAGUUCGCUUUCUGAGGCAGAUUCGAGAUCAAUUGCUUCCUUUAAAUAAAUGUACUUCAUACUGUCCAUCUUAUGUUGUUUGAAAAACCUCCACAUACAUGUUAGAAAAUUGAUUAGGUGUGCCCAUCUCUCCCAAGCUUUAGUGGUUGCAAAAAGGCCUGCCAAAUACCGUUGAUCAAUUAGGAGCUUCCUUGCUCGGUGUUCUUCAAAGGGGG